AUGGAGGACGACGGCUAUCCAAGACUUCCGCGUCGGAAUCGUAGCGAGGAUGACCCAAAGAUGAUUGGACUAUGGAAAGUUGGCAGGACUAUUGGCAAGGGAAGCUCAGGCCGCGUGAGGAUCGCACGACAUUCGAAAACAGGACAAUAUGCCGCAGUCAAGAUCGUGUCCAAAAAUAUCCUCAUGAACUCUGUCAGCAAGCUCGCCGAUUCUGCAGAACACAUGCUUCUCAGCAUCGAGCGCGAAAUCGUAAUCAUGAAGCUCAUUGACCAUCCAAACAUAAUGCGCCUCUAUGACGUAUGGGAGACCUCCAGCGAGCUCUAUCUUAUCCUGGAGUACGUGGAGGGUGGCGAGCUUUUUGACUAUCUGUGUAACAAGGGGCGGCUAUCCACCUUCGAAGCGUUGGGUUAUUUUCAGCAGAUCAUCUCCGCGAUAGACUACUGCCAUCGACUCAACAUCGCACACCGAGAUCUAAAGCCUGAGAACCUUCUCAUGGACCAAAACAAGAACAUCAAGGUCGCAGACUUUGGUAUGGCAGCUUGGCAGGCCAGCUCCAAAAACGGCUUGCUUCAGACGGCGUGUGGAAGCCCUCAUUAUGCGGCUCCGGAGGUUAUAAUGGGGAAGGAGUAUAAUGGACGCGCUUCCGAUAUCUGGUCUUGUGGCGUGAUACUAUUUGCCUUGCUUGUAGGACGCCUUCCUUUCGACGAUGAGGACCUACCAACGCUACUGGACAAAGUCAAGUCAGGAAAGUUCGACAUGCCAUCCGGCAUCGAUCCCUUGGCCAAGGAUCUCAUCACGAAGAUGUUGCAGAAGGACGUUGUAAAGCGUAUCACCAUCCCCGAGAUACUCACACACCCAUUCUACCUUUCCCAAAAGCCAAAGUCUAUCGACGCGAGCACGCCCAGGCUCAACGAUAUAGCAAGACCUCUCUCUGCUUCCGAAGAAAUUGACGGGGACAUCCUCGCGAAUCUCCGCACGCUUUGGCACGGCACAUCCGAGGAGAACAUCAAAGCUAGCCUCAAAAGCUCUGAGCCAAACUGGCAGAAAGGCGUCUACCGACUGCUCACCGAAUAUAGGGACAAACGCCUCGAAAAUUACGAUGAGGAAGAAGAGUUGGCGAACCGGAAAAGACGCAAGAAGAAAUCGACCACGCAUGAACCUCAGGGUAUGAAUUCGUCCCAAGCACUAUAUCUGGCGCGCGCGCCUUCAUUUCUUCCCCCUCGCGCAGCUCCUCCGACUCCGCGUAGGGCAGCUGGUCGCACGCUCCCCCUGCUGCACAGGGAUAAUAGCGACUAUGUACAGCUGGGCGGUCCUCGUAUAACGCUUUGUUCACCGACACCGCCUCGUCCAGGGGCUGAUUUCCGCUCCCCCCUGUCGUCAUAUAUCACAUCUUUAACAUCGCCCUUAUCACCCACGCUCGGUUCUACAAAUCUGCCCGCGAUUGAAGUACCAGAACUCAAGGAUGAUAAGAUGCAGCAUUUCUUCCAGCAAAUUGUGGAGCACCUCAACGCAAUGGAGGCGCGCACUGCAGGCACAUCCCGUCUUGGUCUUGGCACCUCCUCAGCUCCACCUACGCCCGUUAAUACGGAGUUCGGGAAGUGUCAAAAGGGAAACGCUGCGCAGAACAGAGGCUAUUCAUCGCCCCGGGAGAUCAUAACUGACGCAGAUAUGAGACGUGAACGACGAAGCCAAUUUGGGGAGGCCGACAAGGAGAAUCUAUCUCUUGGCGUCAGUGGACCCGGCAUCAUGAAAAAGUCGUCUCUGCGGAGCAACGACGGUGACAGACGCCCUGCACUACGUGUGCAGAUCAUUGAGCCAACGCCAAACAAACUGCGCAAGAAGAGCGGCGGCGACACCCCGGCCGCCGUCUCACCUGCAUUUUCUGACAGCUCAUUCACACUUCCCUCGACCCCGCGACGGCGUUGGCUUGAUAGUGUGUUCAGGUUCAAGCCCGUAACAUACCAGCUUAUGUCCACUCAUGACGCGUUCACAACACGCGAGGAGUGCCGGCGGAUGCUGGUGAACAUGGGCGUUCGCGUGGUGCUUACGCAUGCGGAAAAUGUAGGCAUACUCAAGUGUAGAACGGAUGAGCCGAAGGACCAGUCUGGACUUUUGCCAGUGAUGAAGUCGGUGCGGUUCCGCGUGGAGGUGCAGAGACCGACGCCUGUGCAAAUCGCUACUGGAUAUCAAGUCGCACUACACUUGAUACAGGAGAGGGGCGCGUCGUCGAGCUUUCAGGCGAUUCAUUACAGGUUGAGAAGGAACUGGGAGCUGGACAUUCCGCGAAUGCUGAUGGCACCGACUAGUCCACUUUUCAGCCCCACGGAAACAGACAUGGGAGGAUACGAGUUUGGCGAGAGGUUGGUGUACGCCGAUUAG